AGCGCCGCUGCAGGGAGAGCAGGCCGGGCCAUGACCCCCGCGGCCCACGGCUGCAGGCGUGUCGCCUGGUGUCCCUCACGGCUACCAGCGUCCGCGCCCAGCGCGCCCCAGGAAGCGGCCCGCAGAGGCGACGCCAUGGGGCUGAAGCCCUCCUGUCUGAAAGGCUUUAAGAUGUGUGUCAGCAGCAGCAGCAGCCAUGACGAGGCCCCCGUGCUGAACGACAAGCACCUGAGCGUACCCAACAUCAUCAUCACACCCCCAACCCCGACAGGCGUGGGCCUUUCCCGGGAUUCUAACAAGCAAGUCUGGAUGGAUGAGCUGGGGUCUUAUCAAGAUGACGGAGAGCUGGAACCUGAAGCCUGAGAAGUUACCACUCGUUGAGACCUGUGUGGUGGCGACUUGCCCUGCUACCCAUAACCCAGGGUGUUGGGGAACAUGGCUAUCUGAGCAGCUGGAUUGGGACAGUGAAUUGCGCCCUGGACCAAGACAGGGAUGACAAGAAGAGCACAGCAGGUUGCUGGCCCCAGCGGAGCAGACCCCUGUGGUCUGAGUCCGCACCAACCCAGACCCCGGCUUGGUGAAGAGGAGGCCAUCCUGCCCUAUGGUCACUGUGACCAUGGACCUCAGACCUCGAGGCCCCAGAGCACAAGGACUUCUCGCCAGAGCAGGGCCUCUGUUUUUUACAAGUUGUUUUACAGGUAUGGAACCUACGUCCUGAGCGAGAUUUAUAAAUAAAGUUCCUUUGUGA